AUGAACGAAGUAGAGGAUGAAAAGAAGCCUUUCGCAGUCGGCGCUCAAGAAGAUGACUUUUUGCCGGAUCCAGACGAAACGCUCAUGCUCAACCAAGGACAUGGUAAAGUAUGGAUGGUCAAGAUUCCCAAAUUCUUAUUGGAGCGCUGGGUCGCUGUAAAUGCUGAAGAUGUUCACCUCGCUUCUUUACGAAUAUACACCGACCCUGGACCUGGUCAGAAAACCCGAAUUAUCUUAUUUCUUCCACAACAAAAUGACUCGACCACUUCGCCAAAUCCGAAUUGGCCUGUAUUUGGACCUAACGCAUUGCAGAGCUCUUCCGAUGCUGAACCUGAUUGCUACGAGCUCGAAAUGGUUAACGACAACGUAGACAAUCACAUCGUGGUCGCAGAGCGACCCAAGGAUGCUUCCUUCGGUUUAUCGUCGAAUCCUUCUGCUCCUCCGAAUCCUCGCGCUAGGACGACUAUCCUCACUGGGCGCAUCAAACACGACUGCUCUCUUCGCCCUUCAUUCAGUGCACGAUACCGCAAGCAAAUGCGAGAACGUCACCAAAAAUACAACACACCUCUUAGGCAAAUCAAGAUGAUUGAGAAUGCUGGGGUUGCAGGCGGCAGAGGUGGAAUCAAUAGGCUUAGUAGUGGAGUUGGUGUGGGUGCCGGUGGUGCGUUCAGGGACCUCGUCGCGACGAACAAGAAACCGGCAAAAGGCACUUUCGAGCGCAUGGCUCGUAUGCCGAGAAAUCAACUUCUCGAUGCUCUCUUUGCCUUGUUCCGAGAUACUCCUCGGUGGGGUAUCAAACCUUUGCGAGAGAAGACCCAACAGCCCGAGGCUUAUCUGAAAGAAGUCUUAUCGGAAAUUGCGUAUCUCCAUCGGAGCGGAGAAUACAAUGGUCUAUGGGAAGUCAAGGACACAUUCAAGGAGGAAGGCAUUAAAGGCGAAAUUUUUGCCGGGCCAAGCUCUUUCGAAGGUGAUGUUAAGAUGGAGGACGCUAAUGGUUUCGAGGAUGAUGAAGAGGAUGAAGAUAUGGAGGAGGUCUCAUAG